AUGAAAGGAGGUCCCGAACAGUCACAGGAGUCUAAGACUAAAAAUUUAGAAUCUACACGGACAAAUAGCAAUUGCGCCGAAAAGUUAACUGCUGAAGAUCAUUCUGAAGAUAUUCUCCAUGCUGAGGACGAACAGACUCGUUUAAGAGCUGUCUAUGAUGAAUCUAAAGCAAAAAGUACAAAUGUAACUGAUGAUAGCACAGAAAAGAAACCAAAGAGAAUACCAUUUUUUAUUAGAAUGCUAAAUAGCAUACAUUUCUGCUUGGUUGGUGUUUUCCUGCUCCUUGCAAUUAAUUUUUUCUUUGAAUACGCAAAUAUCAAAAAUUACGAACUAUUUGAAGCUGAAAGUCAUGUUAAACUGGGAAAGGCACUAAUUUGUGUUGUUCUGGCCAUUUUCUUUGCAUAUGCAAAGGUUGUUUUGAUGGAAAGUUAUGCUGAUCAAUAA